AUCACCUCUGAGACUUAAACCUUCAGACAGCCUUCAAUAUUCUCGGGCUGUUAUGUUCAGUCUCAUGUUUUCUCAUAAGGUUUGUGUCUUGACGCGUUUUGGCACAGUUGCGCUUAGCUGCUAUGAGCAGCCCAAUAACGUGAAGUUAACUCUUGAUCUACUGUGACUUUGAUGUAGACUUUCCGUGAUAAUUUCUAUCUACCAAUCGGUGCGGAAGAGAGGUGGAGUUUUAGGAUAACACGCGGACAAGUUGCUGGCGCGCACCACAAGCUUUGCGCGCAGAUCGGCAUCACGCCUCUAGUCCUAUGUGCAGGUGCUAUGGGGAACAUCGAAGUGAUAACGAACACCGACACGACAGAGGAUUUCUUUCAGGGGGUCACAGAAAACAAUUCAUUAAGUUUUGGAAGUCUGGAGGACAUCGACGUGUCUGCUGAUGGCAGUCUGCUACUGCGCUGCUUUAUCUCCUUUACCUACGCGGUGGUAUGUGCCGCGGGUUUGGUGGGCAACCUCUUUGUGCUCGUGUUUAUCCGGGCGAAACAAGCGCGCAGGAAAUCCGCAACCAAUGUCUUCGUGCUCCAUCUGGCCGUCACGGAUUUCCAAUUUGCGCUCACGCUGCCGUUCUGGGCUGCAGACGCAGCGCUGGACUUCAGCUGGCCGUUUGGCGACGUCAUGUGCAAACUCGUGCUCUCGGUCACGGUGAUGAACAUGUACGCAGGUGUGUUCUUUCUCACUGCCAUGAGCGUUGCGCGCUACAGGUGCAUGGUAUCUGCGCUCAAAGAGCGCGCCGGCGUGCGAAGCGCACGCUCCUCUGUCAAACUCGUAGCUGCUGUGUUGUGGUUGCUGGCCACUGCUGCCACUGCGCCUACGUCCAUUUUCUCCACGGUUAACGAGGUGGCCGGGGAAAAGCUCUGUCUUUUACGUUUUCCGUAUGGGCAGCGUUGGUUGGCUGUGUAUCACUUGCAGAAACUCCUGUUCGCCUUUGUGAUACCCAUGGCCAUUGUCUCCAUCAGCUAUCUGCUUCUGUUGAGGCUUGUGCGCCGUCGCAGUUUGAAGUCCAGAGCGCACGUCACCCGCUCGGUUGCCCUGGUGGUCUUGUCCUUCUUCCUCUGCUGGAUGCCCAAUCACGCCGUGACGCUGUGGGGAGUCCUAGUGAAGUUAAACGCCGCGCGAUGGAACAAGGCAUACUACGUGGCGCAUACCUACCUGUUCCCUCUCACUGUGUGUCUGGCUCACGCGAACAGCUGCUUAAACCCGGUUAUAUACUGUCUCACACGCAGAGAGUUCAGGCGGAAACUGAGACACUUUUUUCUCCGUGACUGAACACGCACACGCGUGACUGAGGAGCUGUUUGUUGCGCCUCCCGUACGCACCGAAGUGUGUUACUGUGUCGUGUCCCACAAGUGAUCGUAGCUCCGGAGACGAAGAAAAACGUGUUUUCCACAAGCUGCUUCAAUAUUUUGUGCGUAAUGACGUUUAAAAUGUUUGUUCUAAAAAACACUCUGAAAGCAGGACAAAUUCUAACCUUAAUCUCUAAGAGA